UAUGGCAAACCCCGCUGGAUCUCAAUUCAACAGUGGGGUGUCUUAGUAUUUCUCAUGAUGAAACAGACCAAUGAAGCCGCUCAAUUAUUCGGAGAAAUGCAACAAAGCGCUAAGCAAUGUUUUGCGGAGAAGAAAAAGAAAAGCCACUUCAACUUGAACUCUAUCUACGGCACAUCAAAUACAAGCCUUGUCCAACCAUAACUUUAAAUCAUAUGUCUCCGGCAGCACUGUACUUGGAUAAUGACUACUUCAACUCCGCCAAAUCAACUAGAAUAUCAAGACGAAAUCAGUAAUGAAAGUCAGUUACCUUCGGUCGAAUAUGAGCCGAAGCAAAUUUUCGAAGAUUCGAAAGAACAAAUCGAAAGUCCUAUUGAAGACGGUGAUGGUGAAGAUGAAUUGGGAAGAUGGAACAAGCCAAGGAUAAACGUUUACCGAUAUCUGGCUGCGCUUUACAGCUUCAUUGUCAUGGGAAUGAACGAUGCCGCAUACGGAGCACUCAUCCCAUACCUUGAACCCUACUAUAAUGUCAAUUACACCGUCAUUUCUCUAGUCUUUCUUGCGCCUUUCAUUGGCUACACAGCUGCAGCAUUGCUUAACGACAAGAUACACAUGCACUUUGGUCAACUGGGUGUGGCGACGAUAGCUCCAACAUGCAAGGUCAUUGCUUAUGUUGUUACUUGCGUUCAUCCACCCUACCCGGUUCUUCCCAUCAUAUUCAUGCUAUCAGGAUUUGGUAACGGACUCGAGGACGGUGGCUGGAACGCAUGGAUAGGCAACAUGGAAUCAGCGAACGAGUUACUAGGCUUUCUGCAUGGCUUCUAUGGUCUUGGUGCAACGAUCAGUCCUCUGAUUGCAACUGCCAUGGUAACGAAAGGCAAUCUACAAUGGUUCGAGUUCUACUAUCUAAUGGUUGGUCUCGCAACUCUCGAAUUGAUUCUCUGCGCGACCUUUUUCCGCAAAGCCACAGGGGCUGCCCACCGUGCCGCAAAUCCUCUGAAUAAUGGGUCAAGCAGCCAUGCUCGAACAAGAGAAGCACUUAGGAACCCAAUAACUUGGGUCUGCGCUUUCUUCCUCCUUUUCUAUGUUGGUGUCGAAGUUUCACUGGGUGGCUGGCUGGUAACAUUCAUGUUGAAAAUCCGACAUGGACAACAAUUUGCUUCUGGCCUCGUCGUGACAGGAUUCUGGCUCGGCCUCACACUUGGACGUAUUACACUCGGGUUUGUGACGGGAAAGAUUGGCGAGAAGCUUGCGAUUGCUGCAUACUUACUUAUCUGCAUGGCCUUGGAGCUGUGUUUCUGGCUCGUCCCUAAUUUUGUGGCAAGCGCAGUCUUUGCAGGCUGGCUUGGCUUUUUCUUGGGACCUCUGUUUCCAGCUGCUAUUGUCGUUGCCACCAAAAUACUUCCAAGAAGGUUGCAUGUUAGCGCUAUUGGUUUCGCGGCUGCCGUUGGAGGUGGAGGAGCUGCAGUUUUACCGUUCGCGGUGGGGGCCAUUGCUCAAGCGAAAGGAGUUCAGGUGUUGCAGCCAAUUGUGUUGGCCUUGCUGGCUAUCAUUUUGGCAUUGUGGUGUUUAUUGCCCGGGGGCUUCAAGAAAGGAGCUCUGGAGGAGAGUUCGAGGGAAAGGGAUGUGGCAAGAGAGAAUGGUACUUUGGAAGCUGGCCGGAUGAACAGGACUAUUGGUAGAUUACGGAAAAAGCUUGGACUCGUGCCAAAACGGUCAUAGGAGACUUGGGAAUCCUGUGCCAGGAGCACGAUAUGGAAUCAACAGUAUGCGC